AUGUUGGCUGGUCGCCUUGGCCCUAGACGGUUAACCUCAUCUGAGGAGUCCGUGAUGAACUGCCUUUCCAACGAGGUUGCCGUGGAGACUAUGCUCGUAGUGGGCGUGCAGAUCGUUCAUACGGCCUCGAGGAACUGUGGUGCUACUCGACAACAACUUUGUCAGUAUUUGACGUAUGCCGCGGAGACUUUGAAUAUGGAAGUGCUGUGUGAGCCCAACUAUGUGGUGGCACUUGAACGCACUACUCCUAUGACCAUCGAUGGUCUGCGGACCUCUCUCACUGGCUUGAGCGAUGUGAAUGACAAGUUUGCCUCGAAGCAAUGGAAUUUAGAGUUAAUCGGCAUGGAUGAGGCGUGGAAGGCGAUUGAGGAGCGUACACUUCGAGAGGUCGUUGUUGCGGUCAUUGAUUCGGGUGUUGACUACCGACAUGAAGAUCUCUAUGGGAACAUCUUCAAUGACGAUGGUUGCUCUCAUGGUUAUAACUUUUAUGAUGAUAACACUGAGGUUAAUGAUGUGAAUGGUCACGGCACGCACUGUGCUGGUAUAUUGGGUGCCGAGAGUGACAACCGUAUUGGAGUAGCAGGCAUCGCUGAAGUGAAGAUCAUGCCCUUGAGAGUCUUUGGUCCAGAUGGUGUUGGGGAUGUUCGGCUAGCUCUCAAGGCAUUGAACUAUGCCGUGGAGAACGGUGCUGAUCUGUCGUCGCAUUCGUAUGGGAGCUCAGAUUUCAGUGCGACAUUUCGAGUGGCGAUAUCGAGAGCCGCUGAGAAGGGCCAUCUGGUCGUUGCUGCUGCUGGAAAUGAAGGUCGCGACAUGAGCGUUGAUAAAGUGUAUCCUUGCGCCUUCACUGAGCAGAUCGAUAUGUUAUGUGUGGCCUCUAGUGGCAAGGGGUCGAAUGAUCGACUCGCUCCUCAUAGUAACUAUGCCGCCUUUGUUGAUAUCGCAGCUCCUGGAGAGGAAAUACCAUCGACUUACCCGAACAAUGAGUACGUUUACAUGACUGGUACCUCAAUGGCCACUCCACACGUCACUGGUGUUGCGGCACUUCUGUACGCCUUGGGUCUUUCUAGAGAGGAUGUGAGUAAUUCUAUUCUGGCAUCCACUGAUGUUCUCACUACUGGUCUNNNNCCUUGGGUCUUUCUAGAGAGGAUGUGA